UAGGACGGUACCAGGAAGGAAGUAGAACCCGCCUAAUGUGUUUUUCUCGCUUCCUCAUUCCCUGCAUUUAAACAAAUUUCAUUGUAAGAGGUCGGUGACAACACACCACGUUUUAGGACACCGUGCCAAACUUUUGAAAAGAUGGGGUAUAUGGUGGUGGAGGAAAACACUUCCAGUCUCUUGCAUCUGAAGAGAUUUCCUGGAAUUCGCUCCUGGUCACUACUAGUUGGUAUAUCCUCUGUUGGUCUGGCUGCAGCAUACUACAGCACAGACAGUGUGCUAUGGAAGCUGUUCUAUGUGACGGGUUGUUUCUUUGUGGCUAUGCAGAACAUGGAUGAAUGGGAGGAGGCAAUAUUUGACAAAUCCAGAAGUCUGAUAGAGCUAAAGACUUUUAGUCUGUACGCCAAGAUACUGACUCUGUGGCGGAGAGGUCAGGAGAAAAUGGUGUUAGACAUGCAAAAUGUGAGAGAUGUGUGUGUGGAAGAAGAGAAGGUGCGUUACCUGGGAAAAGGUUACCUGGUGGUGCUGCGAAUGGCCACGGGCUUCUCGCACCCUCUCACGCAGAGCGCCACUCUGGGCGGACGCAGUGAUGCAGAUUCAAUUGCUGCCCUGCUGAAGCGCUUCCUGGGGUUGGAGGAGUUGCAGCACCGCUGGGAACAGGUGGAAGAGGAGGCUGAUAAAAAUGAUGAUGACACCAGUGAUUCAGAGGAUCUUGAUGAGCUUUGACCCUUCCUUUGGCUUUUAACAUUGUGUCAGACAAUUUGGACAGCCAGGGGAGGAACCGGUGUCUGGAAUGAGCCACUGCUCUGAUCAUGCUGUCCUUCUCACACAUUCACAAAUCCUGCUCCACAAUAAGAAAGCACUCCAUUUUAUGGCCUUCAUGGAGUCCUGACUGCCCUCAACAUUCAGCUGUAUUUUUAGCCACAUAAAAAUGUAUAUCUGGCAACAUCCCCCAAAACAGCCCUAUGAUUUAUUUAGGCUUAUUCAUUGAGCUUCUUUAUGAGAUUUGACAUCAAAAGAGAAGUGAAGCAAACAAAUGUGUGAUAUUUCAUUCAUGUAGAGGCUUCCUGCAUGCUCCAUGAUACUGUACCAUUGCAUUCUGUCUGCCACUGUAAACUUUAAUCUGUUUACAAGCAUGAGGGAUUUUUGAAUACAUUUGAACAACUGCUUUUUAAAAAUGGACUAAUGUGUGGAUUGUGUUUGUCACAGGCAGGUCCUGUUGCGUACAUUGUUUAUGGAUUUCAGCUGAAUGAAUCUUUAGCACCUGUAUCUUUUUUCAAAUAUGGAAUUUGGAGAUUGGUCCAGGAACAUUGACAUUAGUCACGUGGGUAUGUCACUUCUUGAAGGCUGACAUAGAAGCUGGCAUUUCAAUGGAAUGUAAAUUUAAAUAAAUUCUGAAGAUACGUAUACAAACAUAUGAGAUCAACCUUAAAAUAAAAUAAAUUCAAGUCA